GUAACUUAAUAAUAGUAUAGAGCGAAAUUGUGUGCUUUAUAAUAGAAGCUAUCUUAUACUCUCGACAUAUCAUUUGCAAAGGAGCAGUGAAUAUGCAGAUCUCUGUGCGUUUCACUUUGAUUCUCGCCGUGGCCAUGGCAUUUCUCGUUGGAAGUCACGAAGCGCUCCCUAACGUUGGCCAAUGUACUUUCAUGGAGUACUUCUGCGCUGCUCGAAAAUGCGGCACAUUUUUCUACAAAGGGCUGCAAAAGGAUCCCAAAGGAAAUUGUCUUGCUAAGUUCAACCAAAUGAAAGACUGUGUGUUCAAGGUGACCAAGUACUGCGCUGACUCGCUCACAGACAGCAGCAUCAGAAGAAUUGUAGACAAGAAUUUUCACAGCACAGAAUGUUCUGAAGGCCCCGCUCAAAUAGAGUCUUCGGCAGGACUGCCUUGCUCAAGCUCUUUCGCGUCUGAAGCAAACGCUUGCGGGAAAACGUUCCGGAAGAUAUUCGUCGGGGACAAAUCGAAUUCCUCUCUUUGCGCGGAGCAAGCCAAGAAGAAGAAGUGUCUGAAGAAUUUGAUAGAUUCUGACUGUACCAUUUCCUUUGCUGACCGGGAACUGUUGGACUUAGGCUUCGCUGACUACAAUCCUUUCUGCGCAAAUAAUCGGGACCCUGGGGCGACUGGAAAUGACCAGUGUCAUGGCGUCAAAGACAUCAGUGGACCCGCUGGCAUUAAUGCAGCAGUUGGCAUUAAACCUGGUGUUAUGCAAGCACUGUUGUUUGGUUUCCUGUCCAUAUGGUUCUUUUUCAACCUUUAAAGAGAAAGCCCUCUUAAUCUCUUUUUUCAUACAUUUCUGGUCAAAUUUGACAGGGUUUUGUAUUCAGCGAAGCAUUUGAAUGAGCUGCUAGCUUAUCUUACGUCUCAAGUAUUUCCUUUUAGUAGCUGCUUUUUAUUUCUUGAGCAAGCACUUUCUUUAAAAAGCAUUUCAGAAAUUGAAAAAAACUGAAAGUUUAAGUAAAAUAAGAUUAAAACACAAUCCUUUUAAGAAGCCGAUUUACUAAUUCGUUUCUCUAAACCAUGUGUGUUAAUGAUAUUAAAAAUUAAAGAAAUUAAUCAGAAACCAAA